GCCUGUGUAAUGAAAUCCACACACACGCACACACACACAAACGUGCCUAAAUCAUCAUUAGUCCACUCAUAUCAGGAUCGCCUCGUUGCGCAAAGAAUUAGAACGAGACAAGGGGCAAUCCGUGCCAUUGCACGUGCUCACAUUACAUUUCCCCGAUCCUUUAAUCAUACGGACUGUGGAGUCGAGAAGCAGUUUGAGCGGAGAAUAAUUCUCGGCGCGCGCUAUUGGCUCCCCGUCCUCAUCUGUCAAUCUGGGGAGGCGGGACUCUGCCUUCUCGCGCUCCCAGGAGGCGAUAGAUGCGCGAGCUGUACUUUUCUACUGUGUUGGAGCGCUUCGCACUUCUCGAGCUCAGUCCGAGCGUCAAGUGAACGGUGUGCGGAAAACGCAGUGGGACUUCAACCGAGGAGAAGUUAUCGAAGGAGCCUGUAGUAUUGAUUGCAGCAGCCUGCACCUGGAUAAGCCUCAUCAUCAGCGCGCGGAGAAGCGAAAGAGCGAAGAAAGUGUGUUGACGGCAAGCGGGCAGCUGUUACAGAAGGAAGGCAAUAUGAUGGUGAAGCAGCAUAUGCUGUUUACCCUGUACAGCAUCUGCGGGAUCGUCCUUAAAGAUAUUCUCGCCGUUUCAGUGGCGGCAACAAAAAACAAAGUGAGAGGAGCCCAAGGCCAGGUCCCCUUAGUCCAGAACAUGACUGUGACAGAAGGAGGGACAGCCAACUUGACCUGCCGUGUGGAACACAAUGACAACACCUCCCUCCAGUGGUCGAACCCUGCACAACAGACACUCUUCUUUGGGGACAAGAAAGCUCUGAGAGAUAACCGGAUUGAACUGGUCAGAGCCACGUCGCAGGAGUUGACGAUCAGCAUCAGCGAGGUCUCGCUGUCAGACGAGGGGCUCUACACCUGCUCCCUCUUCACCAUGCCUGUCAAAACAGCCAAGGCUUUCCUCACCGUCCUGGGGGUGCCUAAGAAACCAGAGAUCAAUGGACUCACCAAGCCGGUCCUGGAGGGAGAUCACAUCACUCUGACCUGCGUGACCUCUGGCAGCAAACCUGCGGCUGACGUCCGAUGGUUCAAAAAUGAGAUGGAGGUCAAAGGUGCCAAAGAGGUGAAUGCCAGUGGCAAGACGUUUACAGUGAAGAGUUCUCUGCGGCUCCACGUGAACCGGGAUGAUGAUGGUGUGGCCUACACUUGUAGAGUGGACCACGUGGCCCUGACUGCAACCCACGAAGAGACCACGCAGGUCUUGGAGGUCCACUAUGCUCCCUAUGUAGAGAUCAGACAAUCCACAAACGUCCCACAGGAGGGGCAGUACCUCAAACUGCAAUGUGUACCUAAAGGAAACCCCUCGCCAGACCCUGUGCUGUGGACUAAAGAUGGAGGAGAGCUGCCAGACAUGGACAGGAUGAUUGUUGAUGGAAGAGAUCUCACAUUCACGUCACUGAACAAAACAGACAACGGCACCUACCGCUGUGAAGCCACCAAUCACCUCGGCACCAGUCAUGCUGAAUUCAAACUGGUUAUUUAUGAUGCCCCCACCACACCGUCACCAUCCACCACCUCCCCUGCACCCACCCUCCCAGACACCACAGGUCCCUUAGACUCCAAGCAGCUCAAUUCUGCUGUCACCGGUAACAGAGAUCCUAAUGAGUUGAAACGCGCCACAGAUCACGCUUUAAUCGGUGGAAUCGUUGCUGUCGUCGUGUUCGCUACUUUGUGCUUAAUUAUUGUAUUGGGACGCUACCUGGCACGACAUAAAGGCACAUACUUGACAAAUGAAGCCAAAGGAGCGGAUGACGCCCCGGACGCAGACACAGCCAUCAUCAAUGCUGACGGCAACCACGCACACGCAGAAGAGAAGAAAGAGUAUUUCAUUUAGACUGCAAGUGGCACUCCGCUCCUCUCUCUCUCUCUCUCUUUGUCCUCUCGUUCCUUCCCUCCUUCCCUGCACCGUGUAGGAACUUCUUCAGAAAGCAGCGGAAGCUUCUUUUCACAUUUCUUAUCUGUUCAUUUUUUUUCAUACUGGUUUGGUUUUCUUUAGCCUUUUUCAAUAACAGCUCACCUGCUACUUUUUAUGAGCAACUUAUUUGCUGAAGAUGUCACCUUUUGUAAUCAUUAUAUAGCUGUAAAAUACCCCAAAGCAGUACAAAAAUGUCUCCAAAUAUGAAAACAAAAAAAAGUCCGCAGCCAUUCUUCAGUAAGGACUCGCCCUUCAUCCUCUCACAGUGCCUAAAUAUACAGACGUCCGCUGAAUUUCAGUCAAUGCCUUCAUGUUUUCUGUCAGGCCUCUCUGAUUGGUUGCUUGCUUUUUAUCUUCAGCGUUAUGAUUUAUGGGAAAUGUUUUGUGCUCUGUUAUUUUUUAAUAAUUUCUACUUUUAUUUUGUUUGUGAUUCAUGCUGAAUCCAUUAAUUGUGAUGUUUCUCCCCAAAAAAAUGAUGUACAGUAGUAAAAAUAUACUCAGACUUGAAGUGAGGGAGGUUCCCUUUUUAUUCUACAGAUUUUUAGGUGUUAAUAAUGUUAUCGGUAUGUAGAAAUGCUCCAUUUUCCAAAUUACCAUUACAUGAUGUGAAACCGACAGCUCACACUAUGGCUAAAAUCAGUAUUUUGUACUUGAACUGUAGAUAUUGAUAAACGAAUAGCUCCACAGAAGGUCUCAGUGUGUUCCACCCAAAAAAAAAAAAAAAAAAUCACCUUGUAUUAUUGAAUUUGGUCAAGCGGUUAGGUUAACCAACUUCGGCCACCGAAAAAACCAUAGUGAAUUUAGUAAAUUAGCAACCAGGCGAAGAAAGAGCAAGCCCUGUUGUGUGUUUGUGUAGUUUGAUGAUGCCUCGCCACUGUUUGGACAGUUUUGUGUAUCUCUGCACUGAUCAGCCCCCCUAAAGACCUCCCCAUACACAGCAGAUUCACGGAUGAGGUGGUAACCAUCCAAUAUGUCAUCCUUUCAGCUGUUUACACAACCGCUGUGCCCAACACAAGAAAUCUCAUAACACAGAAGGCGAUAACAAAAAGUAGUGUGCAACUAUUUCAGUGCUCUUAAACUUUCACAUCACUGCUCAGAUUGAUAUCGGUCCAUGAAAGAUCUCAAACAACCUUUUAUGCAAACCUGAACAUUUCACAAACAUUGAGAGAAUGCUGCCAAUGCACACAAUGUGUCACUCACUUGCUCAUCCCACAUAUUAGUCCAAACAAAUAAGCACAAAAUGACUCACAUCAAUUCAAAAAUGCAGCGAUCACGAUGUACAAAUAGCUAACUUUGAUUUUCAUAACCCAAACUGGACAUCAGAUUAACUGAAGUUUGCGUUGAUGGUGUUCAUGAAGUUAUGGUCUCUUUUCUGUUCUUUUGUUGAUUUCUACAAUGAAUAGACAACCUUGCUAAGGCUGUAUAAUAUAUCUGCUAAAUGUGGUAACUAGUGAAAAUUGUUGUUAGACUUUGGGGAUCCCUAAUUCCAUGAAGUUUGUAUAUUAGCUAAUCUAAAUAUUGGUGGGGGAAAUUGUUUUUUAUUAUUAUUUUUUAUCAUCUUACCUGACAAUAAAAGAUUCUUGACAACUUCAUAACCUUUGCUUUAGCUCAAGGCAUGUAUAUACUGUAUAAGUAUCACACAUUUUGAAGAAAAAAAAAUUGAAGUUUUUUGUUUUUUGUUAAACUUACAGUGUAAAUUAUUUAAUAUUGCUUAACUGAAAAUCACUCAAUUAGUACAACAGCAGUGGGAUGCUUGUUGAAAUGGCAAAGCUAUGUAUUUGUUGAAUGAGAGAUUUAGGGUAUGUUUAUAUGACAUUUUCAAGUAAUUCAAAUGGAAAACUUGUUUUGGUUGUUCAUUUACACAACAGUGGCAUACUGAAGGGCCUGAAAAUGAAAACUUUUUCGCUAAGGUUUUUAAAAAUCAUCACCUCUAUGUAAAAUUUCAAUGUGGUGAUGCCAAUGGCCAAUGAACAUUUCCUGCUUGUUGUCAAACUAUUUUAUAUCUGUAACAAGAGACGAUUCAAUCAUAACUUGAUGUUAUAACAACUAUCAUAACAUUAAUUAUCAAUAUGUGGCUCUUUUUGGACCCUCAAACCGCCUUUCCACUGCACACUGCAUUUGUAAAUGACUGUUGGAUUACGCCCCCUUGUGGCAGUCACACCGAAUUUUCAGUUUUGUCGUGCAUCAUGGGAGAGAAACUGUUCUCGCGGUGUCCGAAAUAAAGGCAUGCAAGAGCAAGGGCCUUUACUCUUCGUGCAUUCACCAUGGCUGAAAGAAUACAAUGCAAGAGACUCACAGACUGCUAAAACAUUUGAAGGGAAUGUAGAGACAAUAUAAAAAAAUUAUAUUUUUUAUUACUCAUUUAUGAAUAUAAAUUUUUUUUUAAUAUAGACUUUUUUUUUGAUUAAAGAAUUAACGAAAAUAAAAUUUAUUUCUUAUCUCGAGCAGACGGUCUUGUCGCAGAAGUUCAAAUAUACUUCAACAUAUCCGCAGCUCAAAUCGGAUCCAAAUUUUUUUGUAUAUGAAGAUGAUUGGAACUCGACGCAACUCUUGCACUACUGUCCAUUGGAAAUAAAUUACUUCCAAUCUGUCGCUUGUCGUGUGCAGUGGAAAAACGGCUUCAGAAGCUAUGGAAAUUUAAAAUGUAAAACGGAAAAUACGACAGGACCAUUGUUAUUGUUUACAUCCCUCAGAAUGGUCUAUACUACAAAAAUUACAAAAAAAAAAAAAACUUUUUUGUGGUAAAAAGGCGACACCAUGCGCACGUGUGUUAUAUGUAGUCUAUAAAUAUGUACUUACGAACCAAAAUAACAAUUGUGGACUUCAGGACCAUCUUUGUGCAUCAGUGUAAUGUUUCUUCACAAAGUGACAUUGCCACCUACUGGCCUGGCAUACAUAUUACUAUCAUUUUAACUAUAGGGAUGUCCCAAUCGGGUUUUUUUGCCCUUGAGUCCAAGUCUUAAUAAUUUGAUUUUGAGUGUCUACUGAUACUGUGACGAAACAGAUCCAGGAUGUUCCUUAUUUUUUAUUUAAUUUAUUUUAACAUUCAACAACUCUGUUAACAAACAGAGCACUUCUGUGAGGUAGCUUGAACAAUCAAGUAAUAAGUAACAUAAAUUCUUUACAAAUAGCACCUCAACUUAAAAUACCUGGCAGGCAAUCCCAAGUUUACAUAUCUCAAGUUUAAAUAUCUCAUCAACAACUUUUAUAAUACCUUCAGACUGCAGACAUAUUCACAAUUUUUGCUUCAAGCUGUUUCUGUGUUCUACUUUGCCAGCAUUAUAGCGUCUCUGCAACAAAGUGAUGUCAUGCCAAAUGCAUUGCUGUUUCUGUGUGAAGUCAAGAAAGAGGUCUAACUCUGUGCCACAUAUACAUAUAUAUAAGAGUAUAUAUACAUAUAUAUGAUCGAAAGGUAACGUCCGAUUCCAAUCGAGUCUGAAACUACGUGAUCGGGCCCGAUUUCUGAUGACAUGAUUGGAUCUGGGCAUCCCUAAUUUUAACCACAUCAUCAUCUGUGCUAAAAACUUUCCAAAACCACACAGUCAGAUAAACAUGCCCUAAAACACUUUUACCUGCUGUUUGUUUCCUGUAAAUGAUGACUAUUACUGUUCAUAAUUUGCUACCAGCAUUGCUUCCACAAUCUGGCUCUGUUCUCAUAUAAGAAAUACAUCACACAUGCUUAAAAAAAACAAUAAAUGGUCAAGCUUUAAAUUUGUAUUGCUAUAUCUCAAACAGAUUGUUUCAUUUCAGUCACCAAAAUAACAUAGCAUAUCAUUUACAUAAACAAUAUGCUACUCAAGUCUAAUUGUCUCGUCACAUGUAUCCUUAAUAUGUGUGAAAUAUUUAAUAGCUAGUCACUUCUUACUUCUUAAGGCCAAACCGUUUAUCAGUGCACAAAAAAAAAAAAAAAAUCAGUUUUAGCCUUACGAAAUGAAACGUGCUGACAUCAAGCCACGAUUACUGUUAAUUUCUAUUCUCUAUCCCUGCUACUUUCCCUCUUUCUGUGGAUUGGCUCGAUGCCGUCUGUCAGGCAUAAUCACUGCUAAGUUUUUUGGUAUUUGUCUGUCUUAUUGUGACACUGACCUCAUGCUGCCUUCACGGUCAGUAAAUCACAUGCUAUUAUGAGGAAACUACAUCCGCUUGCUCAGAUUUUGACCCGUACUCGACGUUUCAAAGAACAAAUAAAUCAGCUUCUUUAAUCACCAUAAUUGCCUUUGUGUUUGUAGUGGGAGCUUCAUGCUGUUUCGUAUGGGUUCUUGUCACAAAAAUGCCUGCUUGUUUUAUUUCCUUCAAACUCGCCUUUUAAAUGCCGCAUGUUGUAUCAUCACCCUAUUCACUUUAUUUUAAUGCACCACCAAAAAGUGAUUGCAGAGUAUUUUAUGAAGGGUUCAUAGUUAAAAUGACAAAUCUUAGGAUUUAUUCAGUCAGACAGUGUUGCGUUUUACAAAUUAACAUCUUACAAUUAGGUUAAUAUAAGUUUGAACCCAGCAAGCAAAUGUCUGAUAUGAAAUGACUAAUAAUCGUCUAAACAUAGUCAUCUUGGCUAAAACAAGGCUUAAUUUGGGCCGUCAGUGAAAAUCUAAUAGAUGUCUAAGAAUAGGCCAAAACUAGACUAGUCAUCAAAUAAACAGAAAUGAAAGACUACACAUAUAACGUCUGUCUAAUCUGCCUAUUUGACGACUAGUCUAGUUUUGGUCUAUUUUUUUAUGUCUAUUAUAUUUUUACUGACAGCGCAAAUUUAGCCUUGUUUUAGCCAAGCUGUCUACAUUUUAAUGUCUAUUAGACGUCUAUUAAACCCAUAAUUGUUUGCUGGAAAGCUUUGUAUCUUAUUUCUCAAGUUGUUUAUUAUAAAAAUGAAAAUGCUGAAGAAAAUCUGUGAUUGUACAUUCUGUUGUACAAAAGUAGUCUUUAUUUCUGACCCUGUUUCUUCAAUCUAAACUGAACACUAGUGACUAGUGAGUAGACGAGUUUACCUAUUCAGUGUGCUACAGUUUAAUAUUCAUCAACCUAUUUAGUCGCAUUUAGCUUACACUUUAAAAAACAUUAAUAAAAUCUCAAGUCUGUAUUACUAAUGUGCUUUGAACUUAUUGAAUUCGGAACAAUUUAACCCCAGUUUGUACACUGCUAAAGCAUUAUAUGAUCAAUUAGUCCCGACAGCAUAUGUUUAUAGAUCAUUGUAACUUACUAAACUAAGAUAAUCAUGUUCCAACUUAAUUUUAUAAGUUAUGCAAGCUGUAUUAAGUCAGUUUAACAAUAUAAGUUCAAUGGACUCAUGAGGUUAAUUUGAUUCAGCUUAAAUAUUUAAGGCCACCAGGAUUUGUUUUUACAGUGUACAAUGCAAAAUUUUGGUCAGCAACAGUAUUUCAUUCGUGCAUUAGUGACAGAAACUGUUCCAAAGGAUCACACAGAGGUUAUGUAACAGUUAGGACGCUAUCUAUUAAGACAGCGUGGUAGGUUUUGGAACAAAUCCCUUAUUUGGUUUGUUAAAAACAUUUUAUGACAACAAUUGUUGUUCAACUGUUUCGUCACCGUUUUGGAUACCGACUGAACAUUAUAUUCUGAAAAUAGGAUCCAUACCCAGCAAACAAUUUUGUGUUUAAUAAAUGUCUAAUAGACAUAGAAAAGAAGACAGCUUGGCUAAAACAAGGCUAAACCUGGGCUGUUAGUGAAAAUCCAAUAGACAUCUAAGGACAGCCCCAAACUAGACUAGUCAUCAAAUAAGCAGAUUAGCAGACUUUGUGUAGUCAUUCAUUAAUGUUUGUUUUAUGACUAGUCUAGUUCUGGCCUAUUCUUAGACAUCUAUUAGAUUUUCACUGACAGCCCAAUUUCAGCACAGUUUAGCCUUGUUAAAGUCAAGACAACUAAGUUUAGACGUCUGUUAGACAUCUAUUAGACCUCUUUUUUUUUUUUAAAUGUUUGCUGGGAUAUGUCCACAUAAAACACCUGCUGGCUUGUUUCUCCUCCUAAUAGAUUAUAACAUACAGACUGUACCAAAUAGCAGACAGAUUCCACCAAGCGUUUUUUUGUUUUUAAAAGAUGUCUAAUAGAUGUCUAAUAGACGUCUGAACAUAUCAUUUAGGCUAAAACAUGGCUAAAUUUUGGCUGUCAGUGAAAAUCUAAUCUAAGACGUCUACGAAUAGGCCAGAACUAGACUAGUCAUCAGAUAAACACAAAGGAAUGACUACACAUGUAAAGUCUGUCUAAUUUAUCUAUUUGACGACUAGUCUAGUUUUGGGCUAUUUUUAGAUUCAGAUUUUAGAUUUAGAUUCUAUUUUCACUGAAGCCCAAAUUAAGCCUUGUUUUAGCAGAGCUGUCUAUGUUUAGAUGUCAAUUAGACGUCUAUUAAACACAAAAUUGUUUGCUGGGAUUAUAUCAAAAAGGCAGAAAACAGACAGCGUAUUUAGGAAGCAUUUAAAAUGCACCAUUUAUUACCCUAGUGAUAUGCAUUCACUGUCAUUCUUUUCAUUUAGUCAAAAAUACUUGUGUAUGAAAAACACAUGUAAAAAAAGAGACUUUUUUACAAAUAGUCCAGUUCAUAUUAUAGAAAAAGAAAAACUGUAACACUGUAAAGCAAAAACUGUUCAUUUAUGUCAUCAUUUGCAUCUCAGGUAUAGAUAAAGUGAUUUUGUUUUCAAUGUUAACACCUGCAGGUACCUAAUACCAAUUUGCAUAUUCAUGCACCUAAAACACCGUGAUGACAAUAAUAUCUCAGUGUGUGUGUGUUUUUUUUAUGCUCUUACUUUUCAUGCCAUCAUGUGUAUAUAUACGUAUGUUGCUUCACAUAUCUCCAAUUCAUAUCACACAAGCUUUAUAUUCUUUAAACAUAUCCACAAUAAAAAGUAAAGCUGUCCAGUUGCUGUAACGAUCCGUUCAGAAAUUUAGACCAGAAAAAGAUGCACACUAUUUUAGCUUGUAAUGUGUUACACCGAGAGGGCAGUUGUCAUAGUGAGGACACGCACAUGUAGGUCAAGAUCAAAUAGUUUGAAGGAAAUGCUGUUCUCACAGUUUUUCGCAUGACCUUGCUAGAAUUAGCACACCUGCACUGAUGACACAAUGCGCACUGUUCCAGAAACGUCUGUAGAUGAACUGUAAACAAAUGCUCCGUAAAUUUCACCAUGUUCUCUCAUGUUGAAAACUCCUCUGCGUGCCAGUGAAGCAGAUGUAGUGGGUAGCAACUGUGCACUGGUAGAUCGAGUACCUGGUUUUUAAGUGAAACGGCCUCCCUAGCUCUCGAAAUGAUAGUGGCUUCAGAACACGAAGGGUUUGUGCUUCUUGUAGCAAGCUGAAAUGAAAACGCUUCAUUUGGUUUCUUUUCUCUUUUUAAUGUGUUUCUUGGUGUAUUCAUUUGGUUCGAAAUUCAAUUUUAAGCCUAAUUCACAUGUAUGGAAUGAAAUUGUUAAAUAAAUAAAUGCCAAAAUUC